AUGGAAUUGUGGAACCGCCUUGAUCUAGUACCUCCUGCUUUGAUGAAUAUGGAAUGUAGUUCGAAACACAUCAAGAACGAAAUAUGCGCCCUGACGGGUACGAGUGGCAAGAUGGUUAACUAUUUUGCCGCGUUACACAAAUUUGAAAAAGCCGCGGCAUACCUUUCUCGGUUUUGCUACAAGUGGAAAGACCGUCUGCGCAAUAUGCAUGGGUUCCAGAUCAUGCGCCGCAUUAACCAGACGCUGCUGCGUAUCAAAAACCUCGAUCUUUUGCGUGACAUUACCAACUUUCAUAGUUUCCUUUCCGAGUCGAGCUACAUCGAGAAGAUGGUGAGCUUACCCGUCCGCUCCAAUCUCGAGCAUCUGUUUGUUCGCUUGCAGGGCAUGGCCAAGUUGCUAAUGCGCGUCGUGCUGCUUACAAAGGAAGCUGCCCGCUACCAGCUGAAGCAAAUUAGUCGAGCCUUUCUGUUCCACCACAACGGCAUGUUCCUGGCCCUGAUGGGAGAACUGUGGCUGUUGGCCAGGAGCAUCUGCCGACGGGUUAACAUGUACUAUGGUGAGCUGUACCCUCACUUGCCGAUACUUCCAGAGUGCGCUACGAUGGGUAGUUGGCUACCAGCAGGGUACUGCUUGCCAGCGAAUUUAGCCGAAUGGAUCGGUGAUCAGUACGAGGAAGAGAUUGUCCGGACUGCCGAUGCUGGUGCGCUCAUUGGUGAUUUCGAGCAAUCUAACAUUUUCAACCUACUGCAACACCAAGGAACGGACGAGGCCGACGAUGCUAUAAAACGGCUGAAUGCAGUAGCUGACGAAGCGGAUGGUAAUGGACCGGUAGAGGAAGAGAGUCUUGCUUCUGUGCCAAAAGCGAUGCUUCUGGAGGCACUACGAUCCGACACGGGCGAGCGGAUCGAUGCACCGAAAGCAGCACGUAGUACCGCCGGAGCCCGGAAAGUGUCGCUCGAUCAGUCAAAGCUAAACUACAUUAAGUCGAAGUUUCAAGUGAAACAAUUCCUCAUCGAAGAGCGAUCGCAGCGGACCGCAAACAUGAAGUUGGCGGCCACUGGUUUCGUAUCGGAAUCACAAUUCGGUGAUUUUAAUGUGCGGCUUAUGAAAGAGUACAAUCGCUUAUCUUCCGGGGAUUUUGUAAAGUUUUUUAAAGAACAGUUCUUACUGCUAGUAAACAUCGGGGAAUGA